AUGAUGCAUCGACAUUCACUCAAACAAAAAGAGACUAUUGAUGCAUUGCCAUUCCCUCAAAAAGAUAAGAGUAAUGAUACAUUAGCUAUGCUGCUAUACGAAGGAACCACUGGCAUCACUCUUUUCUCUUUUGAUGGGAGCUACCUCAUUGAUUCAGUGAAGGACUUCUGGACAUGCUUGCCACCACUUAGUUUGAUAGUAUCCAUGAAGUAUGAGAAGGUGCCCACCCCCAUUGACCUUGUUAAUGAGGCUAUUGACAAUCGUCUGUUCAGGAGGCUCAUCAAGUUGUGUGGUUCUGAGAAGACAUUAGUUGUCGGAAGUGCUAAAUAUAAAAGAAUAAUUGAAACAAUACUGGAAAUAACCUAUUUGUGUGUAGAGGUUCCUGAUUCUGGGGUGAUAAUUCGCAGCCUGAAGAAUCCCAUGCAGUCAGUUAAGAUUAAUGUUGUAUUGGCUGUGCUGCUGUACCAAGCACCGUCUGGCAUCGCAAUUUUCUGUUUUGAUGGAGAUUACCUCAAAGCUCCAAUGAAGCACUUCUGGGCAUGCUUACCACAACUUAGUCUCGUAGCAUUUAUAAAGCGGGAGAAGAUGCCGACCCCCAUUGACGUUACUAAUGAGGUCAUUGAUGGUCGCUUGGUCAAGAGGCUCAGUCAACUGUGUGGUUCAGGUAGAAAAUUAGUUGUGGGAAGUGCUGAAUAUAAAAGAAUAAUUGAAACAAAACUGGGAGUAACCUGCCUACAUAUUGAUGUUCCGGAUUGUGAGGUGAAAAUUUGCGGUCUGAACAAGCCCAUGUGUCCUUUAUUGCCUGAAGAACAGUUUGAGCCAGAUAAAAAUUUAGAAUUAUUCUUACAUCAACGUGACUUUGAUAUCAAGCUUGAGAUGGUUGAUAAAUCUAUGAAGGAGACUGCUUAUCUCUUGCAUGAUGUUGAAUCAUGUGAAAAGAAGUAUAUGAAGUUCUUUCGACUUCUUCUAAAGGAUUUCAUUCUUACAUCUGAAAUUGACACCAAGGAUUGGGUUUUAAUCCAGUUUGCAACGGCUUUGAAGAUGAUAUGUUACCCUGGAGCAUCAUAUAAAGUCUUAGCCCCUGAUGAGAUUUUCUCAUUUGGUGAGUGCUCAAAGAUAGAGGCUCAUGCAUCUAGAUAUAAAAGAAGCUUUUCAAAGAUUGAUGUCUUGUCUAUCUACAAACAUGUUGCUAGACUCGAUUCAAGAAAGUGCAUACUAAUGAUCAAAUUGGAUAUCUGGAUUUAG